CACAUGAGUGACACGAUAACCAUUGUUCUAAUGGCUACCAUCUAAACACCCCUGUCUAACCAGCAAUAGCGAUGGAGUGGCUGUCCGUGAUUGUAAUGGCCUCCGUGCUGGGGACGGCGAGUUUUCAGCAGCAGGGACACAGCUGUGACGCCCUUAAUGGGAUGGCGACAUACCCAAGUGUCCCUGGCAAUGCUCCCAGUUUACCAGAACUGCCCAGCAGCUUCCAGUCAAACCUAGAGGUGAACAUGAUGGAGAUGAACACGACUAUGGACGUCCUGGAAUACUUCGACAAUAUGGGCAAUAGGGCGGCUCUCGACACCAACAAAAACGGCAAAGAAACUCGCAUCAUAUUUAACUAUGAAACCAAUGAACUGUACUAUGUAAGAGAUGGAAUAUGUCAACUGUCCUCUCUAUCGGACAGUGAGUAUGCUGACGUGUUUGGUGUGGAGGAUUCGGACGGAUACAAACAUAUUAUGUCGAGUAACACCGCCCUUAAGUUUGGUCAAACAUUCGGAGAGAAAUAUCUAGGUAAAGACGUUAUACGGGGGAUACUUGUUGACCACUGGCAGGCAUGUUUGUACUGGGCCAGGAAAGACGCCAACUUCACUGUCGAUUACUACUUCUCAGAUCCUGUUUGGCAGACCUCGUCAGACUUUGUGACAGUACCUGUGCGAGCUGACGUUAAAGGUGUCCUAAUCAAGCCUAGCGGACCACAGGAAUUCCAUCAUAUAUAUGACUACUAUGCCUUUAAACCUUUUAGUGGAGGCGAUUUACAGUUUCAGACACCAGCAGGAGUUAUAUGUGCUGGGCGUCAAAAGGUCCAGCGCAUGCCUGUCCUUCCUAAGCAGUUCUACUACAGACAGGAGAUUGUCUCCCCUGAAGACGGCUACAUGACUUCUGCCGAUGUGUGGUAUGAUGAGGCGUACCGACUUGUGAGGAUAGACUAUCGGCCAUUAAGGCUAGGUCCACCCUUCUAUAACAUCAACCCCAUAACACAGAUAGACGACUUCAACGGAGGUGUGAGGUACCUGAAGGACAAUAUAUUGGGGAACUGUUCAAUUUUUGCACUAGACAACGCCACGUUUGGUGUCAUGGAGAAUCAGACACUCCUACAUAACAAUGCAAGUUUCUUGCUCCAAAUGAAGAACCCCCUUCAACUCUUCAACGUAAACAAAAACUUCACUUUCGUUGGCCAGAGAUCAUGUCGUGAUAUGCAGUGCAAUGUGUUUUCCUCAAAAGUGACUAACUUUUAUGUGGAAGGUGUGGACCAGCCAAUCAAUACUACCAUAGAAAUCUUCUUCCUGGCUAGAGAGAUGUAUGAUGUUCCCAAUCAUGGCACUAACAGUGACGAGUCAGUGCCCGUAACGAUAACCGUCAGCAGUGACACUACGUGGGCUGACUACUACAGAGUAUAUAACAUCAUAGACUUUGACAAUAACCACCCAGACCUCUCCGUAUUUCAAAUCUCAUCAUGUUAUCCCCCAAAAUCCAAAUUCCGCUUCAACGUACGUUUCCCUGCUUUAUACAGGCAGGACACAGCCGACGUGUUUAAGUUAAAGACACGACUGCUGAUUGCUGAGACAAUGAGCGUGUCUCCUAUACGGAUACAAGAUGUCUCCGUCGACUACGAUGUAGGAGACGUAUUUCUAAAAGCAACAUUGCUGGACAGGACUCCAGCUACAGCCCAAUUUACAUAUAUUAAUGGACGUGAGAUAGAGAAACAUGACGAUAUGGUGAUUCCAAAGACUACGUCUCCUAUGGAGUGUGCCACCUUUUGUGUAAACCUACAGAACUUUACGUGUAACAGUUUUGAUUACUGCCCGAUGGAUACUGGGUCCUGUCGGCUAAGCCGGAGUCACAUUGGUGACGGGACUGCCGUACUAAUACAGAGUGCCUGCUCUCAUUACUCCAGAAAUGUGAAUGGUCCACGUCUACCCGAGGUAACUGUGCUGGAUGCAUACGCUGCUCUCCGCCUUGCUGUUUACAAUAAAAAACUGGUAUUUCAGAUUCAGGAGGACAAUGGCGAGAUGGUUGAAUACGUGGCUGUGGAUACACAGGUUGAACAAGGUUUGAUCACCCCUGUAGUAAUGCCCAGAUUAUCGGGCCAGUUUUCCUACAGUAUGGAAGUCACAAUACCAAGCAUAGCCGAGGUGUACAGUGCCAAAAUAUGGUAUGAUUCUUCCUAUAAACUUGUACGUUACGAUUACCAUCAAUCCUACCAACCAAGAGCACCGUUUUACUCCACCAAUCCAAUGACCUUCAUUCACGACUUCAACACAGGUGUGGCCUAUAACAUAGACAGGGACUUUGAGAACUGUACCGUGUUGCCGAUAGGGUCUGCCGGUAUCGAUAGCGAAUUAGACCCCAAGUCAGUACUGAAGAAUGGAGCCAUUGUCGUGCAGAUGAAGAGUCCGCUAGAGUUUUUCCAUAUAUCUGAUAACUAUAAAUUUAUUGGACAGAAAACGGUACGGGACCAACUUUGCAGCGGUUACGAAUCCCUGGUACAGAACUUCAGUAUGCCAGGCCUAUCGUUUACCAACAACACGGCGCUCAUCCGGUACUUCUUCCUCCAGGGUGGCUGGACAGAAGUGCCCGAAGAUUCAAGGGACCUGACAUUUGCUCAACCUGUCCGCAUGGAAAUCACUGUCAUACAGCAAGGACUGUUUCUGGCAUACGACUUCUUUGACUUUGAGGAAGUAUCACAUCCAGAUCUUUCAAUUUUUGAUGUCAGGAAAUGUUUCUCAGAAGCCAAUCAACACCAUUUUCAAAUACAGUUUCCUGGAAAAUUCCAUCCGUUCCUGGACAUCUACAGAAAGAUAUUCACAUUGAUGUCUCAGAUUAACAUGGCUGAAGCCACGAAUGCUUCCGUCAUCCGUUUCCAGGGGACACAUGUGGAUUACGACGACGACAAUAUCUACGUAACAAGCACUCUCCUCGCCAGGAACUCUUUCUUAGCUGGUUUCACCCUGGUGCCUGGAACAUUCACACCCCACAAGUCUGAUGCUAAUUUCCCUAACAUUGGCACGCCUAAAAGCUGUGCGGACCUCUGUAGUUCCCUCAGUACGUUCCCUUGUAAUAGUUUUGACUACUGCCCCCAGGCCAACUUCUGCUUCCUUAACAAGAACCACAGCCAGGACGGAGCGAAGGUUAACGUCGACACCACCUGUUACCACUACUCAAGAACUGUUCAGGAUAGUACGAUACCUAGUCCAAGCUUACAGCAAGCCUAUACCAGACUGAAGAAUGCUGUCUACACAGGGAAGUUUAAUAUCACCAUACCAAAUGGUGAAAUGGUAACGCCAAAAAUAUAUUCUGCAUCUUCAAUUCGUGAUGACAUUGUUCGACCAACUGGACAACAACCGACAGGCCGGGUCCUGACCAGGUUUCAUCAGAUGAAGAACAGCAUUCUGUCGGGACCAAGUGACGGUGAACAGACCCGGGUGGCCGUCGACGACUGUGCCGUUGCAUGUCUCCAGGAGGAUACAUUUGACUGCCAGUCCUUUAGCUACUGUUAUAACUCGGAGACCUGUGUACUUAGCGCUACACAUCCUGAUGACAAUCUCCAACAGGUCAAGUACAGCUCUGCCUGUGAUCUUUUUUCACGUCAGUAUUUAGACAGCUAUGACGAGCUACCUGGAAAGGUGUUAAAAGUGGCAACUACUAAUGCAUUAACUGUGAAAACCGACAAUUUGUGUGCCCAGAAGUGUACUAUGAACACGUUGUGUAAGUCAUUUGACUACUGUGCGAGCUCGAAGUCGUGUUUGCUGAGGAGAAAACAUACGUUAGAUGUUCCCAGCUCUUUCCUCACAGCAUCGCAUCAAUGUAACCACUACUCAAAAAAGUACUUGUUUGAUUUCAAGAAGAGCGGGGAGAAGCAGAUGAUUUACGGGUCGACAUUACUAAUGGGAGGAGUGUCUGCAGAACAAUGUGCCAGAUCAUGUGUUGAGGAGGAGAACAUGAACUGUUUAAGUUUCGAAUUUUGUGGUAACUCAAGCACGUGUUUGAUCCAUAAUCAUAGUCCCAGACAGGCUCCCCCAGGAACGAUUGUCAAAAGUGCCAACUGCAGUCUUUAUUCCAGACGAUAUUUCCCUGGGUCGAAACCUUCAAACAUACUGCCACCCCUAGGACCUUACAAUCCCGGAAAUAAUCCGGGUACUGGCUGUAUCCAUUCUUCUUCCAAUACUGAUACCAGCUCCUCUAGUGCUGGUGCCGGUGCGUUGGUGGGUGUAGCUUUCGGUGUGUUCAUCCCAGGACUGGUCCUUGGUGCUGUGUUGGUGACACUGUUUCGUAGCUACAGGGAAAAGAAACUUAAAAAAGAUGGCAUGAGUGUUAAUUUUGUAAAGGAUGAUCAUGAACUGAGUUAGAAACUAGCUCUAUAUAUACUUCUUUUCAUUGGAACCUGAGUGUUUCAACGCAAAGUAUGUACGAAACUUAAUAUAACUUAUCCCUUGUUUUUAUUUCUCCGUAGUUUGGCUUCAGAUUAAAGUCCAGUAACUUGGGAGGGUCCAAAAAGGAAAUUUUCGUACGACAAAAUCAGACCUCUGGCUAAUCUCACAUUAUGAUCAUAAUCUCGUGGUAUUAAUGUUGUUUGUUUAUCAUUAUCUGUGUUCCAUAGCUUCUUAUCAUGACAUUUCCUCGUGUUCAUAUCACGAUAUUUUCAUAUGCUCCGUAUUUUUUCAUUGACACAAUGUUAAGAGGCAGUUACCACCUGACGCUUAUCACACCCAAUGCCUCAGGCUAUAACACCCAGUGGGUCACGUGACAAUAAAAGAAGGCGGUAAUUUUUUGAUGGUUCAGUUUUCAAAAUUGACGAAAAUGGUAAGUCAAUGUAAAUAUAAGUAUUGAUGUUGUUAUAGUCGAUAUGGCAGCAAAAUGUUUGGUGGGCAAGUGCAGCAUGAAAACCUUCCAUCGCAUUUGCUCGCUAUACAUCUUGCUGCCAUAUCGUCUUUAACAACAUUAAAACCACUGUCCAUUGCUUAAAUAUUAGUUUAUUGAUACUUUCUUGUGGUUUCUUUUCUAGUCCCGAUUCCAUCAACGUUCCUUAACUUAAUGAAAUUAUUUAACUUUAUUUUUUUUUUUAAAUUAUUGGACUUGAAAACAAUCUUAGCUAGCGAACUUUUCUUAAAUUCUGUAAUGCUUUCCCAAAGAAAAUAUUAAGUUAGUGAAUUUCUUUAGGGAAUGUUGAUGAAACCAAGGCUGGUCGAUCAUCUGUAUUUGAAAUAUAAAUAAUUAUAAUAUUUUAUUCUAUUCCGGGUAAUCAGAAGCUGUGAUUUUAUAUGAAAUUUAUUUUACAAAAUUGAAAUUGUCACUUACCGCUAGGUGUUAAUUAUUAUCAGCGUUUCGGUGUCAAAUCAAGACUAAUAUUCCUCCAAGUAUAUGUUCCAUGUGCCACCUUGUAAAUCUCGCAGCGUAGCUCUUUCAACAAAAUUGUUAAUGUUUCAUUCGUAAAUUCAAUAUUUUAUCAUGAAAACACUAUCUUCAAAUCUAACAAUUAUUUUUGCCUACAUAAGCUUGAGACAUCUGUAUGUGUUCGAAUUCUGUACGAUCUUGACUAAAACAUUAACUAAAAAGACAUUGGUGAUAAUACUACCUUUUAUUAACCAAAAAGUAAACAUUUGAUAUUUUCAAUUCAGUAGAAGAACGUCUUCUGAUUCACAACUUCUUUUGGUCGACUCAUCGUCCAAUGAAAGGGACAAAUCAGAAGACCGCGGAAUCUGGUACACUAUUUCUUUUCUCGUUUACAUGUAUCUGUACGUAUCCUACAAUGUCUUUCACUUUCAUUAUUACAUUUGUUCCAGUCAAGAUGUUGUGGAAUUUCUUAAACAUCGUAAACAUGAGACAUGCUUCUGUUUAUAUUCCUAAAUGGACGUGUAUAACCUACUUAAUAUAGAGUGUUUAAUUCCUUGUAACAGAUAAAAUGUUCAAUAAUCUUUUAGCAAGCAAAGAGCAUAAAACUAUGAGAAUAAUGAAAAUGACUGUAAAAUGAAUUUAACAGCUGUAAAUUACGUAGUGAAAAUCUCCAUCCAUUGUUGUCAUUUUGUUGUUAUGAAAUAAUAAAGGUGAAUUUGGAAAAUGUUUU